AACAAACGUAGCAGCUCCUUCAUGGGAUACGGUUCUCUCUGCGCAGGAAGCUCGUCUCUUGCUUGAUUACCACCAAAAAACUAUUGCCUGGAUGCACAACGUCGUUCAUAUGCCUACUUUCAAGCAAGAGUUCGAGUCAAAUCUGACACAAUCUACAUGCGACCGGAGUUGGAUUGCCCUGUACUACGCCAUUUUAUGCACUACACUCUCUCAUGCUCAUGAAGAUGAUUUCAUUAAACUAGGGAUUGACAUUACUGCGAGUGCCAACUCUGCCCGCGCGCUCUACGAUAAAAGUGUACAGUGCUUGUUUGAUGCUAAUUUCAUGGCCAAGCACACUCUAUGCUCUGUUCAGACCAUUUGCAUCUUGAUGCAGGUUGCGCACAACAUAGAUCAGUCGGAUUUUACCUGCGUUUUAAUAGCCACUGGCAUCCGAAUUUCGCAAUGUCUGAACAUGCAUCGCCUCGGUCCAGAUCGACCGGGCAGCUAUUACUACGGACAACCAAAUCGAUCCGUUGUCCGAAUUCUCAUUGAAAGGGAGGUUAAAAAACGAGUGUGGUGGUUUCUUGUCCGACAAGAUUGGCUUCAAAUACCGUUUCAAAACACAUAUCUCAUUCAUGCAACGCAGUUCAACACCCCGCAACCACACAAUUGCCACGACGAACCAGAAUUAAUGAUUCGAGACUGCGUAGUUGUAGCGCAACCAGCUGAAGUAUACACGCUGAAUAGUUACUCACAGAAUACGUCCAAUGUCGCCGUAGUAAUAUGGCAACAACAAGAUCGCAUGUGCAGUGUGGGACACCCUGGAAACAUAACAGAUGGUCUUCAGAAGAUAUACGAUCAGGUUUUAUGGGCGGACAAGGAGUUAAACAAGACAUACGCCGACAUGCCCUCGUUUCUGAAAGUUACAUCGCAAGAACCUGCCUCAAAAUCCGGCUGUCCACCUUAUAUCGGGCUUUUGGCGUCUGCCGCGCUCCUUUCUAUGGCACACAAGAUCUUGACGGUUCACCGCCACUUCCAGCUUCGGAGUUUCCGGGACAGGACCUAUGCGUACACCCAGCUUUCCUGUCUAGCCAUUGCCGAACGAUGUGUUCUUGAUAUGGAAAAAUGGCCGGAAGGUUCUAUGACACAUGUGGUUAAGAACAUGUGGACCUUAUCAACACAUCUCGUCACCUGCUGCAUAAUUCUCGCAUUCGCAUCUCUUUUCAGCCAUGAAAAUGAGCUUUUAUAUGACGCCAUCAAAGUCCGUCGUUUAGCAGAACUCGGUCGAGACCUCAUUCGCCAAUUGGAAGGCUCGAGUUCUAUCGCUCGGCGAGGCGGAGUGUUGCUCGACCUACUUUUGCAGCUUAACGAUUCUUCCGAUGAUACAAAACAUGUGCGGCUAGAUCUUGGAGAUAUUGUUCGCCGAGUCUCUCGAGCAGACAGUGGUCGAGAUGAGGGCCGCUUACCCGAGGCCGAGCAGUUUGUACUACAGCAACUGGGCACGGAUAUUUGGGAUGGUGUCUUUGGUUCUGUAGAGUUUGACAUCAUGGAUAUCUUCAAUGACAUCGGGUCUUCAGAAUAGGCCAGUUUCAUUAUUACGACAUAUUCCACACGAAGUCGAUUAAUUAAACUGAUCCUUAAUAGACCAAAAUGAAAUGCAAUUUCUGAUCGUAC